AUGUCCCUCUCGAUUUGCAGUCUUCCCGUUGAAGCCGAUCGGCGCAGAAUGCGGUGGGAGCCGGUGUGGCUCGAUUAUCUGAAGUCCAUCGCUGAGGAAGGGACAAUCAUUGGCAAAAACUCUGCUGUAACCGCGAGCGCCUCCACGACAUUCGCAGGCAUCUUCGCUGCCAUCGUCUCGGCGUUCCUCAUAGAGAGCUACAAAAGUCUCAAGCCUGAUACGGGGGCGCAGACGGUGUUCAUCUUGGAACAAAUUUUGGUCGGACGCGACUCCAAUACGACAGGGACCCUUGCGCCCAAUCCCCCGCCAUUUCAUGUCUCCGAAACGGACGUCUUAGUCAACACCCUUUGGUUCGCUGGGCUGGUCAUAUCGCUCAUGGCCGCCCUACUGGCGACGCUGUAUCAAGAGUGGAUCCGCCAAUUCCUCAAAGCUGAAAAUCGUACGAGCGACGAAACCGUAGAGGAACAUUCACUUCGCCAUCUCUCCAUAUAUGUUGGCGCGCGAUGGUACGGCCUGGAUCUUGUCGCACCGUGUAUCGUCGGCAUGAUGCACUUCGCCGUCGCCCUCUUCUUCUAUGGGAUGCACCUAUUCCUAUCGAACAUCCACCCGCAGCCUGCCUGGUGGACGACCCGCCUCAUCCUUGCUGGUACAAUAGUCUACGUGGCUGGCAGCUUCAUCCCGUUAUUCGACGCCACGUGCUUUUACCGUACACCCUUAACAUCAUUCGCGGCACGUCUCAUAGUGAUCCUCGUGAGCGUCGUUGUCUGCGUCGCAACCUACUUUGGGAUGCUUCUAUGCGCCGCGACGCUGUUAUUGAGGCGGUGCCGAUUGCAUCCCGUCUGGUCUUACCUCCUCGGUCUACGGCUCUGGUGGGGAAUUUUACGGGACCCCCUGUACAUCCCGCGUGGCGGGGGCGGAGCAGUAGCCUACGCCAAGCAACGGUUCUUGGACGGAAUUUCUAUCCCGAUAUCCUUUUGGGACUUCGUCAUCGAAUGUUCGGAAACAGGGGACGUGCCCCAGUACUAUCCCCCCAUGGGUGGGCACGAGCUGGGCGCUCUUGUGGACCACGUGGGAAUGGCCCUCCUCGAUUAUCCCGCCUUCCUAUUCCGCCUGUGCCUCGAGUUGCUCAAUCCCCAAAACGGAGACGUCGGCGAGUUCUUCGUUCGAAUCCGCCGCGAUCCCGGGCUCGUAGAGAAACUUGCCGCGGAUUUAGAGGCUAUCACCACAGUCGACGAGGCAGCCGGGGCAGCACGGGCGCUCCAAAUGGUGCUCUAUCUUGGGACCAACGACGACGACAUGAGGCAAGCUGCUUCGGAUCAAGCGAUUCGCUGGGAAUUCUUGGAUCCCAUCCUCGACGCGCUUCCCCAUUUCGUCAGUCUGCUGAACCACUAUAACGUGAAAGCGAUGGGAGAGGGAGAUAUCAUCAUCGUAGCAGCCGUGUGCAGCCUUCGCUGGUCGCUUCUAUUGCUGUGGAAACGCAUUCCUAGCGGCGUUCGUGCACAUUCGCUUGCGGCACAGCGGUUGCAAUGUGUGUUCCUCGCUUUCGAGGGUUCGCACAGCAGUCUUCGCUUGCUUCCCCUCUCUACGGACCACGAACGGUCGUUGGACCGCCUCUUCGCAUCGGACGUCGAUCCGUGCCGCGAGCUAGCACUCCGCAACGCUAUGACACUUUUGUCCUCCGCUCUGAGGUGCAAUUGGGAGGGCCCCUGGCGCGAGGCAGACGUCCCGUACCUGUGUGCAUCGACGUGGAAUUGGGACAUCCCGUACUUGAGUUCGACCCGCACUUUGUGGGAGUGGAACAAGGAAUUCCCAGACACCCACAGGAGGCGGCGAAAGCUGCCUGCAUCUGCGGCGUUCCAGGACCUCUUACAAGAUGCUCGCCUGUACGAGUGGACAGAGCCAAAUGCGACGCUGACAACUCCCGCUGGCACCAAUUGUCCUCCAGACGUUGUUCGCGCGCUGCGAGAUCUAGCGAGCACCGUUGAUAUCCAUGCGCCUCGCCCAUGCGUGCCUGUCGCGAACGGUCGCCACACCCCGCCGACUCAGGAUCGAGAUCCGUCAACUACGCUUGUUUCCUCUGCGGUCCACAGCCCCGAGGCGCGCGGUCCAUUAACAGCGGAGCGCCCUUUUACGAGCGCUGUAUCGCAUCACACGCAAGACACAGUGAACGGCUUCAUGCCGGUAAAGAUGUCGACGAAGGGCUCUUCAUCAAGUAAGCCGAAUCCAAUGUAG